AAGAGGUCAAACACCUCAAGUUGGUUCUAAGUUAGCUGGACAUGCUAACUUUAAUAAUUAAUAUAAUUAUGUUAUUAAAAACCCAUUGACUCCCAUUGAUUCACAACAUCUGACCUCACCUCCGGAUGUCUCCUCUUCAUCACAUUCCUCAAUACAGCCUGGUCAUUAGCUCUUAGUUUUAUUUUGAAAUCCACCUCAGAAGGGAUAGCGGAUGUUUCCGGCAGCGGACGGUGCUAGCGGCUAGCAGAGUGAACCGUUAACCGGAUGUAAACACCGACAGAAAUCCCGUCAAUGUUCCGUUUAACAUCGCGGUCAGAGAUGCUGCAGCACCCUGAAGAACCGGAUGUAGGUUUAAAAGCUGAAGCUGAGCUGAGAGCAACAGGUUGGUUCUGUUUCUGACGUGCUCCUAAAGAUGCUAAGCUACUGUUAGCUGCUUCUGGUCAUGUGACUCAGGCUGCAGCCGGUAGAACUGACGUCAUCAGAGAGAAUUACGUUUACGUAUCAGAGAACAUGUCUGACAAAACAGAAUAUUUAAAACAAAACAUCUGUAGCCGAACAGAAGAGGGACAGAGAACCUUAACAUCUGUAGAGAACGUGCCUGGGUCCUGUUGGAGUCUCCUGUGGUUCCUCGGGUUCCUGUGGUCGUUGAUGAGGCUCCACAACAUGCGUGUGGAACUUUAGAAGGUGUUCGAAGUGUGACUGUGUAAAUGAAAGGUUCUUUAAAAACCUUUGGAAUUGGUUCAGUAGAACGUCUCCACCCUGAUCCAGAAACCCCUACGUCCAGCAGCUGAUGGUGACUGAUGAAGACCUUCCUACUAUGGAGCAGGAGAACCCAGAGCUCCUCCACAUUGAAGAGGAGCAGGAUGUGGACGCUGUGACAGCCUCAGGAUUAAAGACGGAGGAGAGUGAACCUCAGUUGGUUUUGAAUUCCCUGAAGACCAUUGAAGUCCCUGCAGCUGAUGUGAGAGGAAAGAAAACCUACAGCUGCUCCGAGUGCGGAGAAGCAUUUGGCCGCAGUCGACUCCUGAAGAUUCACAUGAGAACUCACACGGGGGAGAAACCAUUCAGCUGCAGCUUCUGCGAUGAAAGGUUCACGUGGCUCACGCAGCUGAGGAGUCACCAGUGUGUCGGUCUUCAUCUGAGACAGACGGAGGAGGACAGGGAGGCUGAGCCUGGAGAGAGACCGAUCAGCUGCUCAGAGUGUGGGAAAAGCUUCCAACAUGGAGGACACCUGACGCAGCACAUGUCCGUCCACACGAAGGAGAAAAGGUUCAGCUGCGACGUGUGCGAUAAAAGGUUCACGUGGCUUUAUCAGCUCAAAAGACACAAGUGUGGGGGAGAAUCCUUGCAGCUUCAUGACCUGUGGACCAAUCAGGAGGGAGAACUGCUUCAGGGAGUGGAGGAGGCUGAUAUCAAGUUCACAUCGAUUCCUGUCGCUGUGAAGAGUGAAGAAGAUGAAGAGACACCUCAGUCGUCACAGCUUCAUCAGAGUCAGACUGAGGAGAACAGAGCGAUCUGUGGAGGACCAGAACCAGAACCAGAACCAGCCAGGAACUCAGGUCCUGAGGGACAUUUACAACCAGGUCCUGAGGACAAGACUGAAGACUCGUCUGAAUUUAAAUCGAAAGCGUUUGAUACUAAAUUGAAGCAGAGAAAUGAACCAUGUUUAAACUUUGUAAAUGAUUCAGGAUGUAACGCUGUUAAAAAAUCCUUCAGCUGCUCCCAAUGUGGGAAGAUGUUUGGCCGGAAGGAACAUUUGCAGACACACGUGAGGAUUCACACGGGAGAGAGACCGUUCAUCUGCUCCGAGUGCGGGAAGACGUUCGGCUGCAAGAGGUCGCUGCUGGGUCACAUGACGAGUCACACGGGAGAGAAGCCGUUCAGCUGCUCUCGAUGUGGGAAACGAUUCGGCCGCACGGUGAAUCUGAAAACACACGAGAGGCUUCACACGGGAGAGAGACCGUUCACGUGUCCUUUCUGUGCUAAAGGCUUCACACAGAAGGUGCACAUGACUCAGCACAUGGCUGUCCACACGGGAGACAAACAGUUCAGCUGCAGCGUGUGCAGUAAAAAGUUCAGGUGGCUUUCUGGCCUCAGACGACACAAGUGUGGCGGCGAGCCGGCGGAGCAGGACCAGGAGAUCCCAGAGCUCGGACCGGGCGACAAACCGCUUCGCUGCCGUGAGUGUGGGAACACGUUCAAUCACAAACACAACCUGAUAGCUCACAUGAGAACUCACACGGGAGAGAAACCGUUCAGAUGCUCCGUCUGCAGCAGAGGCUUCAUGGCCAGCGGAGCUCUGAAGAAACACUCGAGGACUCAUUCAGGGGAGAAGCCGUUCGGCUGCCUCGUCUGCGCGGUGAGAUUCACACAGGGAGGGAAUCUGAAACGACACAUGGCCCAGCACCGGGGAGAAAGAGAGGAACCGCUCAGCUGCUCGCUUUGUGCUAAAAGCUUCACACUAGUGUCAAAUAUGAAACGACACCUGAAGCAACACGAGGAAACGAGACGUUCACAGGAGGCGGGAGGUGAAGCCCUGGGAGAACAUCCUGGGACGGCUGAGUAGCUCCAGCUCUGGAGGAUCACAGGACUUUGGAAGGAAGAUAUUUAUAUUGAAUGUAUUUUAUUGUGUCAGAGCUUUAAAUUAAUUUAAGGUUUUAUUAAAAAAUAAGACUGCACUUAAAAGAGACUCUGGCUAUUCACUCAUCUCGUUUCAGAAAGUUGUUUUUACCCAUAAACUGCUUAUGAAGAGGAUCAGUGACUAAAUAAAGACGACUCAUCUCCACUUCCUCCUGAAAGGACACAAAAAUAUGUCGGAUACGAACGGGGCCAGUCAGAGUGAGCGGUAGGGAUUGUGGGGCGGAGCCGUGGUAUCAAGGUCCCGCCCACACACUCUCAACCAAUCCUCAGUCAGUCUCAGCUGUCAAUCAUGAUGUUUUUUUAUCAUCAAAUAACUAAUGAAAACCAAACUGAUCAGAAACAGAUAGGAACAAAAUGAAAUGACAGAAACAUCUUU